AAACUUUAAAAAAAGAGAGUCCCUCUGCAAAGCGCACAUGCCAAUUAGUUUCGACCUCCAAGCGCCGGUUUAUUUUACUUAUUUACUUCUUGCUAUACGACAUACAUCAUGGUAGCUACAACUGCAGCUAAUGUCUGGGACACAACCACCCAAACUUUUCACGGUGGUCAAGAGCAUCGCUACUUGAACAAUUUCGUUGAAGAUUUCAGCGUUACCACCAAUUAUCUCGGCACCCCCAAGAAGGCUUUGCAGGCAGCUCACGAUGCAUUGGAUGAUAUCCUCCAUUACCCCGCAGCUGAUCAGGAACCGGCCAAAACGGCUUUAGCUCAGUUUUUGUGGCCCACCGGUUAUGAAACUCAUCGCACUCGUUUAUUGCUGGGCAAUGGUGCUUCGGAAUUGAUCGAUCUUGUCGUCCGUAAAGCACUUCAGAACGCUUACAAGCGCGGUGUUCAGCAACCCACAUGGAAGCCUAGAUGGGCCGCUCAGUAUAAAGAAUAUGAACGAAGCGCAGUGACCAAUGGAUUCCAAGUUUUGAAAUCCACUAGUACUGAACGAGCUGAUCUGGUGUGUAUUGUCAACCCUUGCAACCCUACCGGAGACUAUGCCUCUGUCGAACUUUUAAAGAACUGGAUCCGCGAAAAUGUGGUUGCAGGAGGCAGUGUUAUUAUUGAUGAGUCCAUGCAACCUUGGCUUUCAGCGGAAUUCCGCGACGAUUCAUUGAUUAGUCAACACGACUUUUUGCGUGAGAUGUAUGAGGAACAGCAGGUCUCUGUUCACAUCAUGCAUUCAUGGACCAAACUCUGGUCCUGCCCCGGUAUUCGCACGGGAUCCGUGGUGUGCCCUACCGAACAGCACUGCCAGGACUUGAAAAAGAUUCAAGUGCCCUGGAGUGUCAAUGGUCCUGCUCUGAAAUUCAUGGAACAAGUGGUUCGCGAUGAAGAGUACUUGCAACGUACAUGGGAGACAACCACGGCUUUGCGUGCUUACGUCAUUGAACAACUUCAAUCGCUUAACCAUCAGUGGGAAUACGAGGGUGAAAAGUUUCUCAGCUGGGUGUGGGUCAAGAUGGAAAGUCCAGAGCAAGCUGCCCGAGCGGUGGAUUUAGCUCGUGACGCCGGUGUACCUGUCCGCAGUGGCAAACCCGGCUACGCUUGUGACAGCCAUGUUCGAGUCGCUGUACGCGAACAAGACAAAGUCCAAAUUCUGGUGACCGCAUGGAAACAACUGUAGAACCGCAUAUACACAUAUAUCCAAUUUUUGUUUUACGAUAGACGAUACCAUCCAUCUACUUGAACAAGAAUCAGAAAAAGAAAGUCAAAAAAAAAGAACCAACGUUCUCCACUACAUGUAUAAAAUAAAAAGCUUUGGUCAACUGUUAUGAAUAAAUAACUUUCUAGUGCCUCC